UUCGAACGCAACGUCAUCACGCCAGAAUGAAUGCCGUACGGGUUUGAGCUGAAGUAAUUCGUUUUAUGAUAGGUUGUGAAAGUGGAAAGUACCUCCUCGGAAAUCCCCUUUGGUAUUUCCUUAUUGACAUCAAUUCGAUGUCGUUUUCGACUAGCUUAAGUCCUACACUGUGUUUUUUUGAACGCGUAGAAUGUGCGCUUGGUGAACGAGGCUGCGUUGGUUGGGUUUGAAGGCGCCAUGGACUGCUAGGCUUCUCGGGGUUACACUGAUUCCAGCAGCAGCAGCAGCAGCAGGCGGCGGAGGACCGGAGCAUCUUAUGGGCUUUGUUGGUGGAUACCGACAUAUUGAACAGAGCUAAACUGGUUUUCCGCUCCUUUCCCAAGAGAACACAAUGUCACAGGGCCAAAACUUCCUGCCCAAGUUCCUGUUUGUGAGUAACCUCCUGAAGGCCAUGAAGAUCCGAGAGCGCGUGCCCCAUGAUGUCGUAAAGCCGUCAGCCAGUAGCGGUCUGCUUCACCAUCUUCGUGGCAUGCACCGCUACACACUGGAAAUGAUCCGGAUGAGCCAGUUCCCACAGGCCUUCCGUGAGAUCAUCCAGUCGGCCAUCUUGGACCGGGCUAUGCAGACCUCACUGGAGCAGGAGAAGAGGCUCAACUGGUGCCGUGAGGUCAAGAAGCUGGUGCCACUCCGGACAAAUGGUGAUGGGAAUUGCCUGCUCCAUGCAGCUUCACAGUACAUGCUGGGUGUGCAGGACACAGACCUGGUCCUGCGUAAGGCCCUUUACGCCGUGCUCAAAGAGACAGACAUCAGUAAUUUCAGGGCACGCUUUCAAACAGAGCUGCUACACUCCCAGGAGUUCACCCAGACUGGUCUGCGCUACAGCACCAAGAACUGGGAAGAGGAAUGGGAGAAGAUAGUUGAUAUGGCGUCUCCUGUGGCCAGCAGCAAUGGCCUACAGUUUGACUCCCUGGAAGACAUCCAUAUCUUUGUGCUGUCAAAUAUCCUGCGCAGGCCAAUUAUUGUAAUUGCAGAUCAAGUGCUGAGGAGUAUGAAGUCUGGCUCCUCUUUUUCACCCCUCAAUGUAGGAGGCAUUUACCUGCCUCUUCACUGGCCUCCAGGAGAGUGCUACAAGUAUCCCAUAGUGCUCGGCUAUGACUCGCAACACUUUGCCCCCCUAAUCACAAUCAAAGACAGCGGCCCAGAGUUUCGGGCCCUACCAUUGAUCAAUCCAGGAAGGGGAGGCUUUGAGGAGCUGCGCAUCCACUUCUUGACAGAGAAGGAGCAGCAGCAGAAGGAACGGCUGCUAAAUGAAUAUCUGAUGCUCAUGGAGAUCCCUGUCAUUGGCCUGGGUUAUGACCCCACGCAGAUUAUCCGGGCAGCCCGCCUCGAUGAGGGCAAUCUGCCUGAGGACAUGAACCUGAUGGAAGACUACCUGCAGCUGGUGAAUCAUGAGUACAAGCGGUGGCAGGAGGACAAAGAUGCACUGUGGGCACCCACAUCACAGCAGGCACCUCCACCUUUCUCUGUCUCACAGUUGUCACUGAUAGAGAUCCGCUGUGCUACGCCACGCUGCACCUUCUACGUCUCAGUGGACACACAGCCGCACUGUCACCAGUGCUUUGAAAAGCGGCGUGCCAGUGGUAAGCACGAGGCCGUUGCCAGCCGUCCCAAUCGGACCAACCAUGCCAACGCGCCAUCUGAGCCAACGAUCCCGAGUCCACGCUCAGCACCACCGACUGCACCCAGCCUGAGCCUGUACAGUGAGACACAUGCCAUGAAGUGCAAGACACCCGGCUGUCUGUUCACACUCAGUGUAGAGCAUGAUGGCUUGUGCGAACGAUGCUUCAAUGCCCGUCAGGUGGGUAACGGGCAACCCCAGGGCCCUGCCCAUGGCUGGGGACACGCUCAGUGGGGACCGAGCACCCGGGAGCGAGAAAAAGAUAGAGAAAGAGAUACAGAGCACUGCAGCGCAUGUCGGCAGGAGGCCUUUCGGACAUUCAAUGGCCUUUGUCCACCCUGCAUGCAGAGGAGUGCUGUUGCCCAGCAGCAGGAGCCCAGAAUGGACAUGCCAGCAUGGGUGCCAUCCAGGGAGCCAGAGCGCCCUGGUACCACUGGGCACACGUGGCACACACCGACAGCGCACCAGUGCAAACGCUCGGGCUGCCAGUUCUUCGGCACACCCGAGAAGUUAGGAUUCUGUACCAUUUGUUAUGUGGACUAUCAGACGAAUCACCAGGCAGCUCCAGCUGUGGUGCAGCCCAGAAAUACAUCGGAGGCAGGUUUUCAGAACGUGCGGUGUCGUGGGCAGGGCUGUGGUGCCGUGGGCAAAGCCAUGCUUGAGGGCUACUGCAACAAGUGCUAUGUGAAGGAGCAGAGCGCCAGACUGACUGAAGCUGCUAGCAGAGGCUCCACUUCUCCUCCAGUCUUGCGAGCGCCCAAAUCACGUCCAACGGCGACACUCAGCCAAGCUCAGUGCCGGCGCAGCGGCUGUAAGAACGUAUCACCUGGCUGCACGGACUUGUGCCCGGACUGCCUGAACCGUGGCGGGCAGCGUGAGGGCCGUCGUGCCCACGCACCCAAAGAGAAGAGCAAGCAGCGUUGUCGGACACAAGGCUGCGAUCAUUAUGCCAACCAGGAAAAACAAGGCUACUGCAAUGAGUGUGACCACUUCAAGCAGAUAUACCGGGGCUGACGCUACCAGUUUCCUUUUCCAAAGAGGGGACUAGAAUCUUUGCACGCUGAUGUGUGUGAAUCCUCUCCUACACGGAAUCCCACAGCUAACUGAGCCACCUGUUUUUGGGUGCCAGCAGUGGUGUAACACUGGCGAUUUACCUCUCAUGCAAAGUUUUGAUCAUUUUUAUAUGUGAAUAAGACAGAGAUGGGGCUGUUGAUAUAAAGAAACUGAUGAUACACUGGCAUCCAGUUGCAUACAUCUGUGCUAUCUGUGAUUUAUAUCAAACAGGGUAAUAAGAUUGUAAACAGUUUGUACAUUGCUGACAAAAUUUUGGGGUUGGGGGGGAAGCAUCUUAAAAAAAGAUUUAUUUCCAAUUGUGAGCUAAAAACAGUGAAAUUUGACCAAAGUAACUUGCCGAAUAAUUAUGACCAAGUUGAUGUGCAUUGCCGCUGCAGACUGCAGUAAGCCUGUGGGGCCUGUAAGAAAUACAGGAGACGCAGCUACAGGGUUUCAGAGGCCUCAGAAAACCAGUUUAUUUCUUACAAUGUAGGUUAAGUGCCAAUGAGUGUUUGCAAAGCAGAGCUCCAGUUUUAUUUUCUGCUGCACCAUUUGAUGUCUGCUGCCAAAAUGGACCUGUUGCCUUUGAGAUUUUUAUUUAUUUAUUUAUUUUUGUUAUUUGUCAUUGCUCACUUUUUGUGGCCUGCUCGUGCUUGAAAUGAUUACUCACCUGAUUUCGCCUUGCUGGACUUCGUUUGGUCUGUUUAUGUUUACUAGCUAUGGCACUAGGUGAUGUUGGAUACAUUCUAACAUUUUCCCGUAGCUAAAAAAAGAAAUUCCGAAGUGCAAUAAAAACAGGUUCUCCAUCACAUCUUAACAAACAACACGUGAACACUCGCUGGUGAAGAGAAUUGCCACAUCAAAGAAAUAGCAACAAGUGUCAACAAGGAAGAACCGUGCAUGCCGUGACAGGAUAGACUCCUUUAUUUAAAAAAAAACAAACAAAACCACACAAAUCCGAAAGUAAACACACCCGUGUGUUGUGUACAUCCUCUUUUAGAAUUGUGAGUACCCAGUUUUAUCUGCUUUUUUCCUACAAGGGAGCUUCCUUCCCUUUACUUCUGACUUUACUUCUGCUACAUUCACAUGAUGCCUCUAUUGCAUACAUUCGGUAUGCAAAAACAUGUCCAUUUGACUAUUGCCCCCAAUGCUUGCGUGGAGAUGAACAUGGAAAAAGUUGCUGGCUAGUUUGGCAACAGUGAGAAACGAGCACGUGCAUAAGACAUUUCCAUUCUGACAGCUAAUACAGUGUUGACAUACAAGAACUAGAAAUACGCAGGCCCCACAUGCAGACAUGUGCUUUAGUCAAAAGACGCAUUUGAGAACAAUUCAGUCCUAUCAUUAGUAGAAAUUAAGGGUGUUGGUUCUUCAACUACUGAAUCUGAAUUCAGUUCAGAUCACCAAUUUGCACAGAACGUAAUAAGCUGCUCUGGAAUUAGUUGAGGUAUUUCUGACUUACUUCUGACAUAGUUACAUUCCAACUGUAGACCUAGUUAAAAAAAAAUACCAUUUUUUUUUCUUUGUGGGUAGGGGGGAUGUGUUUGGUAUUUAUUCACAAUAAACAUUAUCUGUAUUGUGUUACAAUAAUUAUUUAUAUGUUGUUCUGGAAUAAAUUAUUUUUAAUAGGAAAAGUUAAA